GCACUGUAAAUUCUCAGCCGGAGACUCGUCCCAUUGCGGCGCAGUCCUGCUCCUGAGCUUUUGAGUCCGUGGGUCGACCACAGGUCGCUGGUCUACGCGCCUCACGCUCUGCAGCCCUGGACCAGGUCGAAAAUCCCAAGGACAAGACCAAAGGCCCUUGUUGCCAACAAGAUCUCUACUUUUCUGCCUCCAAUUUUUAGAAAAGAAUUUUCAAUUCCAGAGAAAAAGCAACUUUUGUUAUCUCAACUCCUUGACUUCACUGGCCUUUGAUGUCCCUUUCCUAAUUCUGCAGGCCAACUUUGAUCACAUCUUGCACUCUAGUCUUUAGGUCUCUGGCUAGUGAGUGGUGUGGCUGAAGCCAGUGUUUCAGGUUGAGGGUGUUAAGCAGAGGCAGUGUGAACGGUGGGCCAGGCAGCCAAACCUGGGUAGUGAGGUCACCAUGUCUACCAAGGUCCCCAUCUAUCUGAAGCGCAGCAGCCGCAAGGGCAAGAAGGAGAAGCUACGGGACUUGCUGUCCUCCGACAUGAUCAGCCCACCACUCGGGGACUUCCGUCACACCAUUCAUAUUGGCAGUGGUGGUGGCAGUGACAUGUUUGGGGACAUCUCUUUCCUGCAGGGAAAAUUUCACCUUUUACCAGGAACAGCUGUAGAGGAGCCAGAAGAGGAUGGUAGCUUUGACCUCCCCUUCCAGUUCACCCGCACUGCCACCAUUUGCAGACAGGAGCUCCCUGAUGGGCCAUCACCUCUGCUCAAGAAUGCCAUCUCCCUCCCGGUCAUCGGUGGGCCGCAGGCCCUCACCCUGCCUGGAACCCAAGCUCCACCUAAGCCUCCUCGCCUGCACCUAGAGACACCACAGCCUUCCCCACAACCUUCCCCACAGGAGGCAGGAAGUGUGGACAUCUGGAGGCUUCCAGAAGCUGGCUUGCCCCACAAUGGGCUGACCCCAGAGUCAGAAGCUGAGGAGCCUUUCCUGUCCCAUGCCAGCUCAUUGCUGUCCCUGCAUGUGGAUCUGGGGCCUUCCAUUCUGGACGAUGUCCUCCAGAUCAUGGAUCAGGACCUGGACCGUAUGCAGAUCCCCACAUAGGACCCUUGGCUGACCAGGGUGCCUGGGCUGGGGUGAUGCUAGGAGGCAGGGUGUGGACAUGGUCCACCUGUGGCCAGUGGCCAGAAAUUCUUAGUGUAAGCCUUUGUUUCCCUCCCUCCUGCCCUCUCCCCUCAGGAACAAUGUGCCUCACUGAUUUCCCCUAACAACCUGCGGAGGACAUGUGCAGAUGUCAGUCCCCAGUGUGCCCUCUUCCUACCGUGCCCCAUCCCUUCCUCACAUGACCAGGGGAUUCUGGUUGCAAUAAAACAUGCUGCCGGGGCUGGGGAUUUAGCUCAGUGGUUCUGCCGCCUGCUUUGCAAGCUCAAGAUCCCGAGUUCAAUCCCCGGUACCAAAAAAAGCAUGCUGCUGCCAGUGGCCAAGCAGCCAGUUCCCUUGCCCGGGCUUCCUCCUGAAAGGUGGGCCAGUUUCUGGGAGCCAUGGGCUCAUCUGGGUGAAGCUCACCCCAGAGGGUUCAGUGAUGGCAGGCUCUCCCCUCUCAGCAGGGUUAUACCUGCUUCUGAGCCUGUGGAGAGUAUGAAGCAGGGACGAAUCAACUGUCAGUAGUGGAUAUGCAGGCACUGAUUCAGGUGUCUGGCAAGAGAUGGCUGAGCCUGGGUCCAGACCCUGUCCUAACAGCUGGGAUCUGCCCGGGGAAAGCUAAGAGUGAUGGAAUAACCAUAACACCUCCAGCUCCAGGGGUCUGAGAGCACACAGAAGGAGAGAUGGGCCCAGCCUGGCAGGGAUCUGACAACGCUGACCAGUGAAUUAGCCCAUCAGCAGCUGUUUGUUGAGCAUCUGCUAUCUAUUUGGCAUGGCCCAGGAUGCAAGGCAAUGUGAUCCCUGCUGUCUCAGAGCUCACAUUCUGUUGGGGAGAAGGAUAUUAAAUGUGUAUACAAGUAAGAGACGAUUCCUAGCCUGGUGAAUGCUAGAAGAAAACAAUGCAAUCAGAACCCUGGGGAGAGGGGUGCCCCCAGCUGAGGCAGUGGUGUCAGGGAACAUUAAGGUGACAGAUGUGAUUCUGAGCAAGCAAAGGCACUGAGGCCCCAAAAUGAAGGACAGAGAACAGCCACUGUGGGAGAAAGUGUGGAGCAUGGACCUCUGAGUUGCAUCUACACCAUGUGAGACUGUUUCUCCAUCUCUAACUAGAAUCAGUGAUACCCACCUUGCAGGGUAGUUGGGAAUGUUAAGGAUAACUGAUUAAGUUCCACAUGAAAGGUAUUAAAAAAAUGGCUGUGACACGUGACACAAGCAUUUGGGACUUGGGAAAGGCAGGACUGUGAAGCUGGAAAAGGGCACUGUCAGCUGAGAAGUUUUACUGCUUGUGAGGCUGGAGCGGGGGGAUGUGAGACAGGGAAGACACAGUCAGUUUAGAAUGUCACCAUCUGGCUGAAUGGAGGAUGGGGGCAGGCAGAGGGAGGGGUACUCAACUGAAGUGGGGGACACAGGAGCAGGACAGGCCAAGGUAGGCUGAGCGCCUGAUACAGACCACAAGUUCAGUUCACAGUGGCUGUGUUCUUCCCCUCUUGGCCGUUAUCCAUCCUCAUUUAGACCCCUGAAUCCCGGACUCUUUGCACCCCCUUCAUUUCUGGCCUCCAGGAAGGGAUUUCAUAUGGAGGCAGAAUUUGAGCAGGUGAUGCUUUUUUUUUUAAGAAAAAAAACUGGCAAAAUG